UGUUUAUCCACUGUGUUAAAAAUGGGUGAAGCUGUGAAGUGGACAGCGAUUGUAGUGACUUGUAGUAAUAAAUCGUUAACAGAAACUCUGCAACAAGAAUUAGAAGUUCAUCAAGCUAAAGGUUAUCUAGAUCAAGAUGCUAUAUUAUUAACAGUAGAAGAUCCUAAAACAGAUGUUGGAAGUGGUGGAGCUACUAUUAAUGCCUUAUUAACAGUAACAGAGUUUAUUAGUGCUCGUAAAGGAUAUAGUGUAAUAAAUCCUGAUGUGUUAUCUGAUGUCUAUAUACUUAUUUUACACGUGGGGAGACAAUAUUGCUAUGAAACUCUAUACAGACCACUAAUAACUCUACCAGUAGAAUAUAUAGCUCCAGAAUAUGAUGGUUUGCUUACCAACUUAGAUUUCAUUAUUAGAGUCAUAGGUGAAAAGUUAGCUGUGAAGUCAGGACCAGGUAUAUGGGUAUCUAGUACAGAUUUAAUCAUAUCUAUGCCUGAACAUGUUGAUAUUCCAUGGAAAGACUGUCAGGUGGCAGCUAUUACUGUACCAGUUUCUCUCAAGAUGUGUAAGAAACAUGGUGUCUAUAAGCUGGAUGAAAAUGGAAUCGUGCAAAAUAUCUCUUAUCAAAAAAGUGCUGAUGAAUUGGGUGAAUAUCAACGGAGAGAUGGAACAGUUCCAAUUGUGUGUGGUAUUAUCUAUCUCAAGAGAGAAGUAGCAGAGAAGUUAUUAUCAUUCUAUUUUAAACCUCCAUUAGAUGGUUGUUGUUAUAUGGGUUUAGAUAGCGGACAACCUCCAUUACAGCUAUCUUUAUUCUUUGAUUUAUUACUACCAAUGUCUACUGAAAUAUCAGAACAGGAUUUUGUGUCUGGUGCCAGGAGUUCCAGUUUUGGUCGACCAUCUAGCCUAGUGAAUGAAGAAGCAGUAAACAUGAGAACAGCUAGGAGGCUGAUAUGGAAAGAAUUAAAUGGAUUUAGAGUACAGAGUUGUAUGAUAGAAGAAGGAACAUUUAACUAUUUACCAGAACUAGCUGUCGAUCAUAAACGUCUGCUACAAGAUUCACCAUUUAAAGAAUAUAACUUUAAAAAUAUUGAAUGGAAAAAUGUUGUCCAUUCUUAUAUAAAGCCUACAUGUAAUAUUCAUGAAGAAAGUACAAUAAUUAACAGUAAAAUCACAGGGAAAGUUAAGAUUGAUAAAAAGGCAGUGAUAUCACAUUCUAGUAUAACAGGUUAUGUUAAUAUUGGUAGAGAUUCUGUCCUCGCUGGUGUUAAUAUUGAUAAGAUAAAGGUUUGUUAUCAUAUUAAACUAAAAACAUUAUCAUUGAAACAACAUGUUAUUACUGUACAUGGUAGAUUUGAUGAUAUUAGAACACCAUCAUGGAAGAGUACUAGUACCAUAUGUAAUGAAACAUGGAUGUUAUUUUUGAAUAGAACUGGUAUAUUACGAGAAGAUCUCUGGGGAACAGAAGUGGAGAAUGAUGAUCAGACUAUCUAUACGGCUAAACUCUACCCAGUAUUUCAUGCUACACAUUCAGUAGGAUUAGAAGAUAUACUCUGGUUACAAGGUACUCUAGAUGAUGAUGAUGGAAAAUCUAUAUUAAAUAGGUGGAGAUCAUCAUGGAGGUUAAGUUUUAAAGAAUUAAUUCAAUUUACUGAUUAUGGUGCUGAAUUAGAAUGGAGAAAAAAUUUAUUCUACACUGUAAGUGAACAUGAAAUAGAGCAGGCUAUGUUAUCACAAGAACAUAAAGGAUUUUAUAAAGUAUAUAACAGUGCUAGUAAAGAAGGGUUUGCUCAGAAUAUACUAGAAAAGUUAGAUAGAAUGGCUAGUGAGACAGCAAGUCCUGGUGUAGCAGCUAGAUCAUUAGCUAAUGUUGCUGAUAUAUUGAGUUGUUUAGCUGGUAAAAAAGGAGGUUUACGUAGUGGACCAGCAGCUAAUAUCAGCUGGAAGAAAGCUUUUCACUUACUAGAGAAUAAUGAUUUGAUUGGUGGUGUUGCUGCUCUAGCUAAAGAGAGAGGUAAAUGGUUACAUAGACCAGAUCUGUUAGUUCGAGCAGCACGACAUUAUGAAGGAGCAGCUCAGAUAUUGAUACGUAAAGCUGUCAUGACAGCAAAAGAGUAUAUACACCUAGAGAAUAUAGAACAACCAGCAAUAGGACAGUGGGUCAGAGCUGAUUGUCCAGCUAGAAUAGAUUUAGCAGGAGGGUGGUCUGAUACACCUCCUAUAACUUAUGAACAUGGUGGAGCAGUAACAAUGGCUGCCUUGUUGAUUAAUGGAAAGAGACCAAUCGGUGCAAGAGUAAGAAGACUUGCGGAGCCAAUAUUAAAGUUAAAUAUAGUUGGUAAUCAAGGUGAAACAAUGACAGUAAUAUGUUCUGAAUUGAGUGAUAUGGAGGGUUAUUGUCAACCCCAUUCUCCAGGUGCAUUAUUAAAAGCUGCCUUUAUCUGUGCUGAUGUGAUACAACUGCCAUCAGACCUGACCUUAAAGGAACAAUUAGAGAAGAAUUAUGGUGGAGGUUUUGAGAUAGAAUCCUGGUCUAACUUGCCACAGGGUUCAGGACUAGGUACCAGUAGUAUAUUAUCAGGAAGUGUAUUGGCAGCACUGUUAAGAGCUGCAGGAAAAACAACAACUGCUGAAAGUCUUAUACAUGCAAUAUUAUAUUUAGAACAGUUAUUGACAACUGGUGGAGGUUGGCAGGAUCAAGUUGGUGGACUAAUGGGAGGAUUUAAUUAUGCUCACUCUCCUGCUAAAUUACCUUUAGAAGUUCUGACUGAAAAACUCAAUGUUUCUCCAGAUACUGUAGCUUCCUUUAAUAAAAGAUUGGCUUUAAUAUAUACUGGAAAAACAAGACUAGCUAGAAACUUACUACAGGAUGUUAUUAGAAAUUGGUAUGCUAGAAAUCCCUAUAUAGUUCAAACUGAAGAUAAUUUAGUCGUCAGUGCUGGUAAAUGUAAAGAUGCUCUGUUAAAAGGUGAAAUAAAUGUGGUGGGUAAAAUAUUAGAUGAAUAUUGGGAAUUAAAGAAGAGAAUGGCACCAGGCGGUGAACCAGAAUUGAUAACAAAGUUAAUUGAAGAGUUACGUCCCCUGAUUCAUGGUGCUACACUAGCAGGGGCUGGCGGGGGUGGGUUUAUGUUUGUUUUGAUGAGAGAAGAUAAUUGUCAAGAUUUGAUUCUUAAAAUUUUAUCGAAAAAGGUUUGUUGGAUAGUUUUUUUUUAUUAUAAUUCACUAUGCCGUGUUUACUUGUGGAACAUUGAAAUGUUUAAAAAAUGCAUUCCUUUAGAGUUAUUCUACAUGCUACUGUGCUUAAGAGAUAAAUGCCAAAUAUUUGUGCUCAUGCUCUUAUGA